GGACCAGGGAGUUUUAUAUAAAAGGCCCUCCUCCAAGCCACUUUUACCCCGAAACCUUUUCUCGAAACAAGCAACACCGACGAGCAGAUAUACUUCUUUCUCUGCCUCAACAUCUUCGACUCUGCAACAGCUUGAGCUUCCUCUUUUCAACAGAGGGACAAGCUUUUACGUCGUCGACGGCCUACCGACUCGGUCGAAACACACGGCUUAAUAUCUGCCCACUCCGGACCGAUAUCACGAACGAUGGCUUCCCAGCAGGAGAAGGCCGCCGCCCCCGAUGGCCUGCCCGCCGGUCAGGCCACCUCCACUGAUCGCAACAUGCCCAAGGAGGGCGAGUACGUUCAGUGGCGCACUCUGCCUCCUGGCAACCCGGACCAACUCAACCGUUGGUCUCACUUCUUGACCCGCGAGCAUGAGUUCCCCGGAGCUCAGGCCAUGUUGUACGGCGCUGGUGUCCCUAACAAGGACAUGAUGAAGAAGGCGCCCCAUGUGGGCAUUGCGACUGUUUGGUGGGAGGGUAACCCUUGCAACACCCACUUGCUCGAUCUUGGCCAGAAGGUCAAGAAGGCUGUCGAGCGCGAGAAGAUGCUCGCCUGGCAGUUCAACACUAUCGGUGUUUCCGAUGGUAUCACCAUGGGCGGAGAGGGUAUGAGAUACUCUCUCCAAUCUCGCGAAAUCAUCGCCGACAGUAUCGAGACUGUUACCUGCGCCCAGCACCAUGACGCCAACAUCAGCAUCCCGGGCUGCGACAAGAAUAUGCCCGGCGUUAUCAUGGCCGCGGCUCGUCACAACCGCCCCUUUGUCAUGAUCUACGGCGGUACCAUGCGCGGCGGUCACUCCGAGCUUCUCGAUCGCCCUAUCAACAUCGUGACUUGCUACGAGGCUUCCGGUGCCUAUACUUAUGGCCGCCUUAAGCCUGCUUGCCCCAACAGCAAGGCCACACCUUCGGAUGUCAUGGAUGACAUCGAACAGCACGCCUGCCCCGGCGCCGGCGCUUGCGGUGGCAUGUACACCGCCAACACCAUGGCCACCGCCAUCGAGGCCAUGGGUCUCACUGCCCCCGGCUCCUCUUCCUUCCCCGCCGCCUCGCCCGAGAAGUUCCGUGAGUGCGAGAAGGCUGCAGAGUAUAUCAAGAUCUGCAUGGAGAAGGACAUCCGUCCCCGUGACCUCCUCACUAAGGGGUCUUUCGAGAACGCCCUCGUUUUGACCAUGAUUCUCGGUGGUUCUACCAACGGUGUUCUUCACUACCUGGCGAUGGCCAACUCGGCCGAUGUCGACCUGACCCUGGACGACAUUAACCGCGUGAGCGCCAAGACACCUUUCCUCGCCGACAUGGCUCCCUCCGGUCGCUACUACAUGGAGGACCUCUACAAGGUCGGUGGCACCCCCGCCGUCUUGAAGAUGCUUAUCGCUGCCGGCUAUAUUAACGGCAACAUCCCUACCAUCACGGGCAAGACUCUUGCCGAGAACGUGGCCGACUGGCCCAGCCUGGAUCCCGAUCAGAAGAUCAUCCGUCCUUUGAGCGAUCCCAUCAAGUCUCAGGGCCACAUUCGCGUGCUUUACGGCAACUUCUCCCCUGGUGGUGCUGUCGCCAAGAUCACGGGCAAGGAAGGCCUUUCUUUCACCGGCAAGGCCAGGUGCUUCAACAAGGAGUUUGAGCUCGACAAGGCUCUGAAGAACUCCGAGAUCACCGUUGAGCAGGGCAACCAGGUCCUAAUUGUCCGCUACGAGGGUCCCAAGGGUGGCCCUGGUAUGCCGGAGCAGCUGAAGGCUUCGGCCGCGAUUAUGGGCGCCGGCCUCAACAACGUUGCCUUGGUGACUGAUGGUCGUUACUCUGGCGCUUCCCACGGCUUCAUCGUUGGUCACGUGGUUCCUGAGGCGGCCACUGGUGGCCCGAUUGCCUUGGUUAAGGACGGUGACUUGAUCACCAUCGAUGCGGUUAGAAACCGUAUCGACAUUAUCAAGACCGUCGAAGGCGUCGAGGGUGAGGAGGAGAUCCAGAAGGUGCUGGAUGAGCGCAAGAAGGAGUGGAAGCCUCCGGUCAUGAAGCCUACUCGCGGCGCUCUUGCCAAGUAUGCGCGCUUGGUUGGUGACGCUUCUCACGGUGCUGUUACCGAUCUUGGUGACUCUGCCUACUAGGCGGCGGGCGGGGCUUUCCACGAUACGGGAUUUGUGCGGGUUACCAAGAGGUUUUUCAGCGGCCAUCUACCUAAGUACCUCUGACAUCAGUUGCACUGGCUCCAGGGCCAAGUCUUGACAAAUAGUGGAGAAGGAUGGAGGAUAUGGUGUCGUGCCCUAUUCUCCCAUAUCACGAUCAGAAGAAGGGUUGAGGAACAGAGACGGGUGAAGUGAGGAAAGAGGAUUGUAUUACUUAGAUCGACUUUCAUAUAUGUAGGCGGUUG